AUGAUCAAUUUACGAGCCAUUGCAACUUGGCCUCAGCGUGCUGGUCAACGUCUUGUCACCAACUUUAAUCUUCACGAGAUUUCUGGAAGUCUUGGUGAUCUGGGUACUUUACUUCCGAUCAUGGUGUCCUUGGCUGUUGCAGGUCAAAUCAAUUUGACGAGCACAUUAUGGUUUGGUGGUAUAUGGAACAUCUUGUCGGGUGUCAUGUUCCAGGUACCCAUGUGUGUGCAGCCAAUGAAAGCCAUUGCAUCCACGGUACUGUCAAGUUCGAUGACCAUUGAAGAAAACAUGUCUGCAGGCUUAGGAUGUGCUGCCAUUGUAUUCUUUUUAGGCGCUACGCGCACCAUCCAUAUUGUGGGUUCGUAUACCCCGGUUGCUGUUGUUCGAGGAAUUCAAUUGGGUGCUGCUGCUUCAUUGAUCAAAAAGGCUCAUGAUUUGAUCAAGGAUUUGGAAUGGACCAUCACGGCAAGCAAUUGGUCGGAUAACUAUACUUGGGUGUUGCUAUCCUUUAUCUUUGUCAUGAUCUGCUAUCGUACACGUAUACCCAGUGCAUUGAUUUUGUUUUUGAUUGGGUUGAUCUUUGCGCUUGUAAGGAUGUUUGUUACAGAUCGCGACUUACCCCUAGAUCGUCCUGUGGCAGCAGGCCAUUAUCCCGAUACAAUUAUUCGCCCUACUCCUGAAGAAUUUCGUACAGGCUUUGCCAAUGCUGGUUUAGGUCAAAUCCCACUCACUGCUCUCAAUUCGGUCAUUGCCCUCAGUGCUUUGAUUGAUGACUUGUUCCCCGAUCGCCAUGCUGAUACAGCUACUAUUUCCAUGAGUGUGGGUGCAAUGAACCUUAUUGGUUGUUGGUUUGGCAGUAUGCCCUUUUGUCAUGGCUCAGGCGGACUUGCAGGACAAUACCGAUUUGGCGCACGAUCAGAAGUAUCGGUGGUGAUUCUUGGUCUCUUUAAAUUGUUCCUUGGCAUUUUAUUCGGAAGCUCGCUCGUGGGAUUGUUACAAGUGUUUCCAAACUCGAUCCUGGCAGUCCUCUUGUUUAUCUCAGGGGUCGAGUUAGGAUCAGCUGCGCGUGCCGUCAACAAUGGCGUCACUGAAGAAUGGAAACAGCGUGAGAAUUGGACCAUCAUGCUUAUCACCAUGGGUGCCAUUAUCGCUUUUUCCAAUGAUGGUAUUGGUUUCUUAACGGGGCUUGUUACUGCCGUUUUACUCGCUAUGCAACGUCUUGGACCCAUUCAAUGGUGCCGUUGUGUCAUUGACGGGAUUAAAAUGUUGCCUUACAACUGGAAACAUCAAGACGCCUUCGUGUAUCGCAAAGCAAGCAGCGAUGUUAAACCUAUCAUGGAUGCUGAUGACACACGUCGUGAUGGAUUACCCAAACCAGUGACUACCCCUUCAUCUUCGAGUGCAUCGGAUACUCCUGUUGCUACCCAUCCACAGCCUUCAUCGACGACCCAAUAG